AUGGGCAGCAAGAAAAAAGAAAUUGCCCUGCAGGUCAACAUCAGCACCCAAGAAGUCUGGGAGGAAAUGCUCAGUUCCAAAGGACUAACUGUUGUUGACGUCUACCAAGGCUGGUGUGGCCCCUGCAAGCCCGUGGUGAGCCUCUUCCAGAAGAUGAGGGUGGAGGUCGGCCCGGACCUUCUGCAUUUUGCAUCAGUUAAAGAUGAAGCUCUUUCUGAUGAAGAUGAAUGCUUUUCUCAUGAAAAGAAGGAUGGUGAUGGUGAGGACCUGGUGUCAUCAGAGAAGGCCUGCACCUUGGCCAUCAUUAAACCAGACGCGGUGGUCCAUGGGAAGACAGAUGAGAUUAUCAUGAAGAUCCAGGAAGCUGGGUUUGACAUUUUAAUGAAUGAAGAGAGAACCAUGACAGAAGCAGAAAUGCGACUUUUCUACCAACUCAGAGCUGGAGAGGACACAUUUGAGAAGCUGGUACAUCACAUGUGCAGUGGACCAAGCCACCUCCUGAUCCUUACCAGGACUGAGGGCACCAAGGACGUGGUCACUGCCUGGCGAACCCUCAUGGGGCCCUGUGACCCUCAUGUGGCGAGGAGGGAGCAGCCUGACAGUCUCCGGGCUCAGUAUGGCACGGAAAUGCCCUUUAAUGCAGUCCAUGGAAGCUGGGACUUAGAAGACGCCCGUCGGGAACUGGCCCUGCUCUUCCCCAGUUUUCAGUUUUCAGACCAGAUUCCAGAAUCUGCCCCUCUGGGUAAGUCAUCCAGGCAGAUCUGGUCGUGUGUGUGUGUGUGUGUGUGUGUGUGUGUGUGAUAGUUACUAUGUGGUAACCACCUUCAGGAAAAUCUGGGUAAGUCAUCCAGGCAGAUCUGGUCGUGUGUGUGUGUGUGUGUGUGUGUGUGAUAGUUACUAUGUGGUAACCACCUUCAGGAAAAACAGUCUUGUGUGUGUGUGUGUGUGUGUGUGUGUGUGUGUGUGAUAGUUACUAUGUGGUAACCACCUUCAGGAAAAACAGGGCCCCUUAGGAAACUUUAGCAACUGUCCUGCUGUUUUCAGAGUAACAGUGUUGCUUUUUAAUGCCUCAUUACAUUUUUUGCUGCAUAUUUCACUUUGAAGCCAAACUCUUAUUGCAAAGUUACUUUGCAUUCUCCCCUGGAAACCACAGGAAAAUGUAACUAACUUUUCAGAAGACAACUUCCAAGGCAGAGGCCAGACAGUCACUUCCUCCAAGCUCCACAGGCCCCACCAAGCCUUUGAUGGGGCUGCCGAGAAAUAGAGGGUUAUACAGAAGUACCCUCCACCUGGAGCUGCUGUGGCUCUCGUAUCCCUUAGCACCCACAUUUGGGCUAAGUGUGCUGGGCUUUUUUGGAGGCACCCCUUCCAAAUCAGAGUGAGAAACCCCCGGGGCUCAGAGCACAUGUGACCUGCCCCACUCCAGGAGUGGGAGAACAAGGCCUGUGCUGCUCCUGCCGAGUUGCACAUCUCUGUUUGAGCCUGACGUGAGGCGGAAGGGGCCGGGAUUGAACAUGCUGGGAAAAGCAAAGGAUGUGAAGGUCGCCUUCUUGGGAGAGGGCUGCUUGCAGAUCUGAAACAGUAAUAACCUCUAUGUCCCUGCAUGUUAGGGGUUUUCACCCAAAUGCUUCCCUAAAUGUUUAUGUUCAUCAUGGUCUCCUCAAGAUCCACAUCCAGCCAAGUAAGUAUAAGUGGUCCGAAGGCAAGGAAAAGAAGGGUGAGAGCUGACCCCUGCUGGCCCUUGUUUAAUCCUGGUGCAGCCUGCUGCUGGCUGAGGGACAACUGGGAGUGAGAUGGAGUUUAGGAAGGAACUCUCCCUCUGGUGCGGGCGGUACUGGGAAGACCAGCUUGCCUUUAGGGUCCUGCCCUCACGGAGAGCCCUUGACGUGUGCUCAGGGGACCUCUUCAUCCAUUUGGGGUAGUGACUGGAACAAGUAGGUAUGACUCUGGGUAAGGAGGAGAGGGAACUGGCUGGGGAACACUCACUGGGGAGAACUGGGAGAGUGUGUGCCUGACCUCCCGUGAUAAUGAGCUGAAGGGUCUGAGCCUGGAUCACACCUGGGAUAGGUGCACAGCUUUCCAUGGGGAUGACCCGGAAGUAGCCUGGUUGGGGUGCUAGUGUUC